AAUGAAUUUAAGGCUGGAUAUUUGUCUCUAAAAUACCUGACUUAAUUCAUAUGUAAACUAGAGUGUCCUGCUCAAACCUGAGAACGUGACGCCCAUAUCUUCUUGGAUGGGAUUUGAACUCGGGGUCUUUCUGUAAUGAUGCAGCGCAGGAAUUCAGUUAGUCAAGUGUCGAUUCACUGUCAGAAUUUUAUGUAACACAAUGACCCAUUUUCCCCUUAAUCUCUCACCUGUCACGUGCUUAUCUGUAAAUGACAAUGGAUUAUAUUCACUCGACGACGCACAGCAGGUUAUGCUUCCAUGGGAUUAUGGUUGAAUGAGCAGGGUUUGAAUCCUUAGACAUAAAGUAACAGUAAAAUGAAAAUAAUAUAGUGCAGUAUAAUGUGAACUAAAUCAAGACUGAACAAAAAACUGGUUAAAAACAGAGUAAUAUUGCACUUAUUUAGCAUUUUAGUUUUUAUUUUAGGAAAAAAAAGUUAAAAAAAAAAAAAAAAGCAUUUAAUGAAUGAGUUACAACGUACUGAAUCGAUGCCGUUAUUCUCCCACAGGUGGCGGUGUUACAUUUAAAAUUGGCAAUAAUAUUUUUUGUUUCUUUCUGUUGUUGCAUAAUAACAAAUCGAGUUAGCGCUGACCACCGCCCCCGGUUCACCGCAUACUGGAUAUGGAGCUAUCCCGGCCUGGCGUGGCUGCAGGCGGGGAGAGGCGGGUCAUCCUGCGGACUCUCCUCCUCAGCUGCUCCUCAUGUUUUCAUCCUCCUCCUCACGCCGCCGCAGUCAUGGCUGACACCUCCUGCUAGCUCCAACAUCUCGCCUCGCCGCGGACGGCCCUCCUCCCGCAGACGCUUCUCCGAAAUCUACAGCAUGAGAAAACUGAGGAAAGGCCGAGGACGAGAGUGAGAGACCGGGGAGAGAUGGGCAACAAGCAGACCAUCUUCACGGACGAGCAGCUGGACGCCUACCAGGAUUGUACUUUUUUCACCCGAAAAGAAAUCUUACGGUUGCACGGGAGAUACCAUGAACUGGCUCCACAUCUUGUGCCAAUGGACUACACCAACGACCCGGACUGCAAAUUACCUCUCGCGUUGAUCGUCAACAUGCCAGAGUUGAAGGAAAAUCCGUUUCGCAACAGAAUAGUGGAGUCGUUCUCAGAGGACGGGAUGGGGAACCUCAGCUUCAACGAAUUCGUGGACAUGUUCUCCGUCCUCAGUGAAAUGGCUCCGAGGGAGCUGAAGGCCAUCUACGCCUUCAAGAUAUACGAUUUCAACGUGGAUAACUACCUCUGCAAGGAGGACCUGGAGAAGACCCUGAAUAAGCUGACCAAGGAGGAGCUGACGCAAGAGGAGGUGGAGCUGGUGUGUGAGAAGGCCAUCGAAGAAGCCGACUUGGACGGAGACAACAAGCUCUCCUUUGCAGACUUUGAAAACAUGAUCACAAGGGCUCCUGAUUUCUUAAGCACCUUCCACAUUCGCAUUUGAGCGACGCCACCGCCAGUGUCGGCCUGCCAAUCUUCCAUCCAUCUGAUCUGCCUCUCUCCGCCGCGACCCUCAUGCACACACUUCAGACGUACCACGUUGUGCUUUACUCUCAGGAUUACUUUCUGGUAGAUUUGCUUCCCUCCCCAUGAGACUCGCCACGUACCAAAGGGCUCGUCGGAAUAGCUGAGGUGCAUUUUUGCUUCUGAAUCCAGUAAUGCAUAAAAAGGUGGUCUACCUGCCGCGGGAUCAUGCAAAAGGGCCUCUCCUCUGCUCGUAGCUUGUGUGUGGAACAUAAUGACAAUCGUAUCUCUAUCCUUCUCAGUUCCAUGAAGGGCUCCAGAAGCUUCAUGAUUCGACCGUCACGUCUGUCUGCUGGACCUUUGAAGUUUGAAGGGCUGUACUUGUUUUGAAUAAAGUUUCCUGGGAGCUGGGCCUGACGCCAGAUUUAUGGCUGGGUUUCUGUCUGCGCAGCACUGCUGGUGAUGAAGAGGCGUGCGCUGUAAAGAUUGUGAGGCAGCAGCGGGAUCAUAGCGCUGACUCAGCCUUGAUUCCAUCAUGCACACGCAGUUAAUUGUCAUCGCGCGGUGAGCUGUUCGAUGAGGGCGAGAGAAUGGAAGUAUUGGGGUUCACUGUAUUCCUAGGAAGCUCCUCUCCACGAAUCACAUCAGUAGAAAUUCAGUAUUUAUCGCAUUACUUUUUGGUCACAUUUCUUUCAGUGAAAAAAAGAGGAGUGUCUGUUUUUUAAAAUUUAUCUCUGUAGUUAUUGCC